AGUUCUUGCUCUAUUUUCUCACCAUGAACAGUAACCCUUUCGCCACGAUUAAAAAGCCGACUGUCCGCGCAAAGCAAUGGCAGCUAGACAUCCUAAAGAAAAUGCACGCAGAGGAGGCUCGACCGUCAACUUCCCAAAGGCAUAAACUGGCUGUGGAGACUGGCCUGUAUGUUCAACUCUAAUACCACUUACCCUUCCGGCGAACAUAUAAGUAUUACAGGGACGAAGCGUGGAUCAGGAACUGGUAUAUGAGAAAAAACAGGGUGCCUCGCCCCCCGGUUCAGACGCGCCCUGGGGGACCGCUAAUGCGUACAAUAAAACUGGAUCCGCCAGAACUCAACACCCCGAGCUGCCCUGACGCGUCAAGGCCCCAAGUUAUCUCUUCGCAUCCUGUCGUGUCACCAGGAAUGUCAAAUCUUCCUCCGACAUCAGAAUCACUUCUCGCUUCGGUCGACAGAAUGGAUGAGGUUAACUCGACGCGGAUGCUGGCUCCUGGAUACAGUCUCUCAUACUCAGUUGAACCCCGUUCUCCCGGCUACACUUCAGACGCGCUGCCUGCUUUGGCGACCGGCUCCAGUUCAAGGUCAUCCGACUCGUUCCCGGGAAACGAAAGGGCAUUGCGGCAGAAUACAAGAACGUGGCGAUACUCCAGGGACCCGCUUCACAACCGAUACCCAGACUUUUCGAAGUUCUUUCUUCCGGUACCUUCUGACACCAUCGGCGACACUACCAAAAUGCCCGAGUUUUCACCAAUCGCCAUGUCACCCCUGACACACAAUCCUUCGAGCAUCGAUACUGCACUGUUUCCGGAUUUCGCCGUUUUCUACCAUGCAGAUACAUCCAUCCAUUGCGAUGCCUGUAUUUUUUUCCAUAAGAUUAUCCUUAUUGAACAACGAUGCGCGAGAUUCGCCAUUCCCCUGUUAUUGAGGCUGCACCCAAGGUACGUUCCAUGACUAUUUAGCCAUCUCCGUAAUGUCAAGACCUUGCAGCACGAAAGGGCCUUUCGGGCGGGUUCGUAGAGAGGUCGUUUGUUCGAGUUGCCUGGGCAGGUCCUGUAGAAAGACCCCGUGCUCAGUUAGGAGUGAUCCACUGAGUACAUUCGCCUUUCCUCUGUACGGUUACAAACUGCGGUAUCUUAGUAAUCCACUAGUCCGUCCACAAUGAACCUUCUUACCUGGUCCG